UUUGCAGAGCGCUCCGUUGACCUCUCCUAUUACCCCUAAUAAGAUUGAACGUGGUUUUAAUUUCUCGUUUCCUCUUUCACUGGAUGCCCUUUCCUUCCUUCUCAGAGCCUCGCUGCGAGUCCGCGCGCGGCGAAAGUCUUUCUCUGUUGCUCAAAGAAUGAAUGAUGCUUUGCUUUCAGGCGGCUCCGUGCUGGAGGGCUUGAAGUGGCAUUCAGAGGAGGCUAUCAGCCACAAUAUCUGAUGUAUUGGCGUAGCCGCGCUUCAUGCAUGGAGUGCAAAAAAUAGGAUUUAAUUGAGAGGGAGGGGGAACGGCGGCCCCGGCUGAAUGGAUGGGUGAAAGUUCCCCGACCACCCCUAAGCCCAGCACAGCAUGCUGAGUGCUUGGCAGAGCGGAAGCGAGUUCCCUUUCAGGCACCCUGCUUUUGUGCACCGUAAGAGGCAGCUCACGUGUGGGGCUCUGGCCUUGCAGCUGCAAAAAAAAAAACACACACACAUGCACAAAAAGAAAGAGCGGUGCACACACCCAGAUCCUGUUCUUUCAACGGCAACAGCUGCUGAGCCAAUGGUGUGCUGGAGGAAGGCGUGUGGCUCCAAACACUGCUUGUGACAAACCUUUGCCUUCUGUAGCAGCCACUUCCCUUUCCAGGUGGAGCUGGAGGUGCUCAGCAUGCAUGGAAUGGCCCUUUGGUUGCUAUUGAGGGUGAAUGUUGUAUGGAGGUUACAUGUAGGGUCUGCCUCCGGUUGGAGGUCUCUGUAAAGCAGCUUAUCACAGACCUUGUGGCGAGCUUUGAUAGAAAGGCUCGCAUCUUUGGCAUCCCUAAUGCAGCCUCGUCUCUCCUGCAAAGAUCAGCUCAGUUAAGUGAUGGUUUCUGCAGUAGUUUGGGGGUGAGGCAGAGCCCAGGGUUGCACAGGUUGCAUGAGGUGAGGUCACUGCUGGGCUCGGAACACAGCACGGAAGCAGUGAUGGUUACAGGGCUGUUUUUCAGGCUGUCCCAAGGGGGAUUACACGGGUGGCCAUCACCACAUGCAAAGUGCAGGAGGUGGUGCCCACGUGGGCAGACCCAUCCGUGCACUGCUGGAGCAGCUGUUGGAAUGGGGAAGCAGAACCCCGGGGUUGGGCUUUGGGGGCCAUGGGCUGGGGGGGCUCAUCUCCCCAUCACACCCACAGUGGCCGCUCUGAUCGCCCUCCCUCCGUCUCCUUCCUCCAUCUCUCAAUUCCUUACACCCCAAAACCCCACGAGGGCUCUGAAUGCAACAUCGCACACAGCACUUCUGCCUCCUGCAGCCAAAAAACCUCCCGUGUUGCUGUGACUUCAUUAAGGUGCUCUUUGCAAACCAUUUGAAUUCAGAUGCUGCAGGCUGUCCUCUUGUUGUUGUUGUUUCAGUUUGGGUUUUUUGUGACAGAAAUGCCAGCACACACAGCACUCCUGGAGAACAUCAGGGCCUCUCUAUUUUCGCUCGUGUCAAAGGUUAACUUAAAAUAUUAAUGCUGCAAAGAUUCGCUUAAGAUAUUUAAAACUGUUCAGGCAAGAAUGCAUGUACAUAUUGUAAUUACUUCCUUUUUCUUACAAUUAAAGUAAUUGGAUUAUAUUUAAUGAGCUAUUUACAUUUAAUAAUUAAGAAAAGACUUAUCUUUGCAGUAUUCCCCAAGUGCAGCAGAAGGGUGGGGGCACUCGGAGCUGUGAUAUAAUUAUCCAGGCGUGAGUGGAAACUGAAAGAGCAGUUGAGCUGUAUAGAAAACACUUGGAACCGGUUUGUUCCUUCACUCCUUCGUUAAUCCAAAGAGUUGAGCGUGUGUCAAAGGAGUGGGGGCUGAGGUGGGGUUUAUCUGCUGAGAAGGAAGGCUGCGAUGCAUUUGGAGUCUGCGGGUGUCACCACGCCAUGGCUCUGUGCUCCUGGGGUAACUGAGAACCUCCGAGGGGCUCCUCCGGCCCUGAGCACGCCAAAGCUACCUGUUGAUGGAGGCUGUGUUGCCACUGACCUCGUGUCCUUGCCAAAAUCACUCCUAGGUUGAACGGGGAGUGCUCUGCUCCUUCUGCUGCUCCUGUUUCCUAGGAGGCACAUUGCUGGAGCGGUGCGCGCACUGGAGGAGCCCCAUCUCCCUCCUGACGUGUACCCUUCCAGCAAAGACCUUGAAACCUUUCUGUUUCUGAGCUUUAAUUCCUGUUUAAUCAAUAGUUCCGUAUUCUGAGAAUGAAACCUCUGACAGCUCUCUUUAAUUGAACUAAACUGCCUUUCUCUUGGCACAUCUCUCCUAGAGUUCCAUUUCGAUGCGUUCGUUCUGCCCGUGCCCCACUUGGGCACUGAUGGGAGCACUGGGUGACCCUCUUUGUUUAACAUGUUGGUCAGCUAAACGAAUGAAAGCAUCCAUGAGGGCAACAGCUUGGUUUCAGGAGUGAAAAAUGUCGAGGUCAGCCAGCUGGCUCUGCUUGCAGCCAGGCAGAGGCCGGGGGGGGGGGGGGAGGUUGCUGUAUGUUCCCCAGGAGCAGCAGCACCCAGUGAGCCCCUCUCCAACAAAGCAACGUGGCUGUUUGCUGCCCCAAGGGCUGCAUGGCAUGCUGUACAGUGCUGUUGCUCUGUGAGAGCAGAGCUGAUGCUUCCCAAUAUCAGAACGUGGCCCUGGAGGAGUGCGGUGCUGCUCCUGCCCCGUGCCACUGCCUGGAUGGCUCUUUGGUAACACCACCUCAUUGCAUCCCGGGGUUGCUGAGGUGGUGGUUGGAGUGGGCUGUUAGCACGUGGAGGGUGCUUUGGGGGUUCUGCUGCAGGGAGAAGCCGUGCUUUGGGUAGGUCCUGCUUUGGGAAAGCUGUGUGUGCUGGGGGUGAGGAAGCAGCCUGCACACUGCAGUGGUAGGAGAUGGUGGGGAUUUACCCGUGCAUCUCCCCUGCGGCUCACGGGGAGAAUAGACCACUGUGAAAGGAAGCAGCCCUGCAGCUGCCCUUCACUGCUGACUGCUGCUCAGCUGCUGGCAGGCUGGGCCCUUAAUGACAGAUGAGCCCGUGACGCGUUUUUGGGAAUGAAUACUUGUUACAGCUGGCGGGAUGGAGUUUGUGGCAUCGCAUGGCAGUUUGCUCUAUAAUUUCGCUCCCUAUUGCUCAGAUGCAGCGCUGAUUGCUGGGUCUCUCCCUGAGUGUGGAAGCGUUGCCUUUCUGAUUGCUGCAUCCCACUUCUCUGUGGCUGCAUUGUGAGCCUGGAUAUCGCCCUGAGCGCUCAGCAGAGCCUUCUGCUGAUUUUUUUUUCCUCCCCAGUUCUCCGUGUGUGUGUGUGUGUGGCUGCUGCUUCCCUUUCUGCUCGCCUUUUGGGGUUACAUAAAAGCCAGUCUCUUUCUGGCCAUUACAGCUGCAUGGGGGAGUAGUUACUGCUGAGAGAAGCUUGAAAUUUGAGGCAGAGUUGUCACAGACAUUAGGAAGAACAGUCAGUCUGCGUUGGCAAGCUCCUGAGUUAAGUCUCAUUUCAUACUGAUGGGAAUUUCAGAUCUGAUUAUCUCCUUCCUCCCUCAUUCCCAAGCCUGCUGCUGCAGCUCGUCCCCCCCAUGGGCACUCCGGAAGGCUCUCUCCAAGGCGCUUGCUGUGCUUGCCCUCACUGCCUGCUCGUGUCCAGGCUGGGGCUGUUGCGAGCUCUGCUGUGUGCACGGUGACCGCUCACCCCCACGGACCCCAAAAAUGGAGCUCUGUAUUCCUCCCCUUCCCCAAAAAUGGGCUCUGUCCUCCCUAGGUGCUUUGUGCUGCACCAGACACUGUGACAGAUGAUAUCACUGCCGGGGUCCAGAUUUAUUUGCAGAUGGUCCCUGAUCUGAGAGGUGGUGUGUCACAUUGAGCGGGGAAUUACCCAGGUGACUCCCACUAAUGCUAUGCUGGCCGGUCACAUACCAGCAAGAAGAACCUUGCCAGGUCUCUGUGUUGAGCUGGGCUGUUAUUUACAGCUCUUUGUGUGCACUGCACACACAUCUCACCUUGCAGUCCUGCCUGCCUUCCCCGCACUGCUGUGCUGCCUGUGCUAGCUGCAGAAAGCACGGCUCCUCUCUUGCUGUGCAGUGCUGCUUUCUGCUCGUCUCCAAACUGCUUGUUAAGGACUAUUUGCUCCGAGUUGCUGUUUUCAGUUGACAGAACUCGCGUUGGAAAGCAAAUGCUCAAUCCUAAAACAUCCCUGUAUUGCUCCCCAAUACUUGUAAUCAAAGUCUGUCUCCUUUAUUGUUUGUAACAAUGGUCCAAUUUCACUGUGCCAGCCCUCUUUAUUAAAAAUAGUCAAUAAGACGUGGCUUUGUGCGAGGGCUUUAUAGAGCGGCGGCUCGUGUGUGAAGCAAACCAAUUGUGCUUGAUUCUAAUCCAGGACCAGGAUUCCUGUGUGAUCCGCUACAGCAGAGCUCCUGGGGAGAGCAGUCAAUGAGAAACCCUACAGCAGCGUGCUUGUCUUAAAUGUACCUUGUGCUUCCCUCAAAGUGCCGGAUUAGGAGAAGCACAAACUGCACGCUGCGGUGUUGUUUUCCCUUUCCCGGCCCGUGCUUUGCCACACUUUGUUCCCCAGCACCCCGAGAGUGUCUGCAGGAAUGGCUGCCACAGUCAGAAUGCACUUCGAAUGUGGUGAGCGAGGUGUUAAAAUUUGGUGAGCGAGGCGUUCCUGUUUGCUGUGCAGGGCACAGGGACUCGGAUAGGCAGCACUGUGCACAAAUCCUGCUUUCCUGCAGCAGUGCAAAGUCUGAGACUCCAUGCAUGCAGCACAGGUGCUGAGGGAAGGACGGCGAGGUGCCUCUUGUGGCUGGAAGAUUGCUAGGAAUGUAGGAGCAGGGAUCUUGCCUUGCACAGCUUUUGUCGUGCUCAGCAAACUUUCUGGGCUGGCUUAGGGCUGUGAGCAGCCCGGCGCUCAGCAAUGUGUGCGUAAGCGCUUUGGGAGAGAGGGGAAGGGAUGAGGAAUGCUGGCAGUGCCCUGCUGGGCAUGGGGGGAGGCCAGGGGGAAAGCUCUGGGGCAAAGCUGGGCUCUGGGUGCUUUGGCUUUCGGUCACUGCUGUCAUAACAAGGCUUGGAGCCUUCUGUGAUUCAGGCCGUGGCUCGGAGACUGGAGGAGAAAUGCUUGCCCGGAGCAGGUAGGGACGUUUUGCUUCAAGAGAGGGAGAGAAAAACAUCGGUUAACUUGAGAAAAACCGUUCCUCCUUGUUUCUUGAGAAGGUGUGCAGCACGGCAGGCAGCAGGACGGGCGUUCUGAGCAUCUCUGGAUGCCACAGCGUUGGUGGAUUUGGCACAGGAGCAGCGCCGGCGCGAUUCCCUUCCACUCUCCCAACCAGCAAAGAGCGCUCCUCACUCACAGCUCGAGCUGCUCUCGGUUUGAUGCCUGGCUUUUUUUUUUUUUUACUCCAUAUUCAUCACAAAUCUGUUGCAGACAGUCAUGUUUCAUAGAGGCACUUUUGCUUUCGCCAUACUCUGUGUCCUCCCCGCUUGCAGCACGGUUGGGGAGGUGCUCUGUGCGCCCCAAACUCUGCCAUCGCAACAAGUCUGAUCUUCAGCAUUAAUGAGCAGAUGGAAAUGCUUAUCUUUACCCAAAAGAUAAGGGCUGCUUGUUUUUUAUUUUCGGCCUCACAAUUCAUUUAACUUGCUUCUGAAUGGUAGGAUUUAGUUAUAAUAUAUGGUCUGCAGUGGUUACGUGACAGUGACUAAUGCCUGAUGACCACUCUGGCUAGCUGGGGUGGAAAACUGCUGUGCUGUCAUGCCCUGACUACGGAAAGGAAAGCAGCUCUGGAUGGCCCUUGCUGGUAACGUGCUGUCAAUCAGUUUCUUAAUGACUCUUUUAAAGAAUAAAAGCAAGAACCUCCUGGAAGGCUUUUUUUUCUGUCUGUCCCUUCCUUGUUUCGUUUGCUGUGUCCCUCCCCUGCCCCCAGCUGCACACCUCGUGCUGUCUCCAGCAUUUUGCUUCCUCCUUCUCCCUCUGCUCUCAGACAUUCUCCCUUCUCCACGCUUUAUUUCCUGCCCCUCCUGGCUGCUGCUUUCAAAACACACCACUUAUUUUCCAAUCCAGACUAUUAAUCUUUGUCCCACCUACUCAUGAGGCAUGAAGGUUUUACAGGAGCCCAUUAGCUGUUAUCUCUAUACCUUCCCACCAAAGGCUGAUGGGGAAAAAGGAGGUCCACCAGGGAAGCUGCUUCUUGUGGGGGCACUGCUCUUACUGCUGGCGUUGCUGCUGGGCUCUGUAGCUCCCAGAUUUCCUCUCUCCAUGCUGUAAAAACACCUGAAAUCUCGAAGCUGAGGGGAGAUGGAGUGUUGCUUUCAGUGCCUCUCAGCCCAGCGCUGCUACAGGAGCACAGGGCUGUCUGCCUGCUGCCAUCCCAUCCCUCCUGCCUCGCUCAUCUCCAGUGCUCUGCAGGGUUAAUGCCUUCACGUCUCACUGCUGCUUGCCAGCUCCUGGCUGGGGUUAGGGGCAGCAGGGCUGGCCCCGUUGCCUUGGGAAGAAGCAGUGCUGCCGUGCUGUGCUGUCGGAGCCAUCACAAGGGCGAAACUCUUGAUUCUGCAGUGGAGUGUGGCAGGCUGUGCUGGGAGGGUGGGGGUGGCUGCCAGGAUGAGCUAGGCUAUAAAGGGAGUGUUUUUCUUAGCCCUUGUCGCUGCUGGCUGUCUUGCACUGGUGCAGAUUCGUGCUGUAGUUGUGCAGUGCAGUUGUAAAGAGGCGAUUUGCACCGCUACUCUUUGCCUUUGGUUGCAGAACAGGCUUUGAAGCCGAACACUUUGGGGGUAGGGAAAGUGUAGGCAAGGUACAGGUAUAGGCCUAUUUCAGGCCGGUGUUUCUGCAUGGGUAUUUGAGGCUGUUACUCCAUUUUUCUGCCCCAUGCUCUAGAUACAUGCAGCAACGAGCGCUUCUCUCCGACCCAGCACACCUAUCAUCUUUUGUGGUUGUUUUUUUUUCGGUGGUAGUGCUGGUUUAUUUUGUUUCCCUUUAUUCCAUAUGCACGCUCCCAUCUCUUCCCCCUUACAGCCCAGGCUCGGUGUCUGUCCCGGCUCUGCAGAUCCCACCGAGCCCUGGGGAGCACGAGGGAGAAGCUCGAUGCAGGCAGCCUGCAAAUGCUGCCUUGUUUAUGAGAGCUGCAGACUGCAGUCUGGGGGGAGCUGGGAAAGUUUGUCUGGCUUAAAGCGCUAAAGCUGGCAAAAGAUUGCAGGGCUUGGGCUGUAAUCAAUAAAACACGGGGUGUUUGGAAGCGAAGGUCAGAGUCCUUCCUUGGUUCACCCUGCUCUUUAAAUAUCUCAGCAGUUACUGUGGCUGCUGCAGCGCUUGGACACAAGGAAGAGCAGCACGGACCUCAGCCCUUGGAGGAGCUCAGCUUUUGUUUACCUGGAGACAAACCCUGCUCCCUUCUGCCCCGAGGUUUAUGGUUUUGGGGCCCUGUCCCUGGUGCAGGGCUGUGCACACGCAGUCCCCAGCUCAAAAUGGCAUCCUCCAUCUGCUUGUCCAGGAGAUCGCCCUGCGCUGCGGCACUCCAACUCCUCUGCCUUAAUGGGUCACAUUUAGCAAUUCAAAAUCUGGCUUGUGAGGUAAUUAGGAGGGAUAAUGCCCACUUCUUCCUCUUAACACCCUGAUAGAAAAGCAUCCAGGAAGGACUCCUGGACCUCAAAGAUAAGCUGCCAGCUGCCACAGAGACUAUCAAAGGGUGGCUCAAAGUCAAGAGCAAACAGCUGAUUUUUUAUGGUUCUUGGUUUUUUGCUGUUGGUGACAGGAAGCCAUGUUCCCCAAGCUGUUAGCUUCCUGUUUUAUUUUUACACCCAGCCCGAGCAGAUCAGCAUGCCUAUCACAUGGGAGCUGGCUGCUUCUCUUGGGCUGCUCCUCAGCUGACCUAGAAAAGUGAUUCUUUCCCCUUCUAAAUUAAUCACGAAGUUGGGCUGUGUUUGCUUUCACUGAGUUGUGAAGAUUUCAGGCCUGUGGCACCGCUCCUUAGCUAGGCAUCCCUCCGUCUCAGGGGCAGACGUUGCAAGAGGGAUGUUUGUUGCUUGGAGGCUUGGGCCUGUUGGCAAAGGAGAGCCCUUGGAAGGGCUGACCCGCGCCUGAGAGCUCUUUGUCCUCCUUAGGGCUCCCUUACGGUUAAACUGCCCCAGCACAAAAACAAUGGCCCAGUGUAAACCUCAGCCCUGGGGGAUUUCCCGAAGGCCGCCGGGUGCAGCCUGCAGGAUGAGGAGCAGUCAGCAGAAAGUUUCCUGGUCAGCUGCGAGCGCUUCCUGUUGUUCCAGCAGAGCCGCCUUGUGCCGCUGCGGGAGGAGCCGCGCUUUGUUCCCCCCCACCUCCUGCCCUCGUCCUCUGGUGGAAGCAGAGCCAUCGGUCUCCGCUUUAACGUAUUCCUGAGGAAGGGUUUGAAGGCUCGCUGAGAUGCUGUGUGUGAGCGGGGAAGGAAGGAGGCUGCGGAUGGGUAGGAAGGGAACAUCGGCGGCGGCGAUGCCGGCAGCGCCUCGCGUGUGGGCGAAGCCGCGUAGUUUUCCAUCUCUGCCUCCACACCUGAGCCGGUGGGACUCUGCUGUCACUGCGAGUCACAGAACAGCGGGAUCUUUCUUUCUGAAGAGCCAGUAUUAUAAGAACAGUGCCUGAAGCAGGUCCACCAUGCCGUUAGUAACGAGGAACAUUGAGCCAAGGCACCUGUGCCGUCAGACGUUGCCUAGCGUUCGAAGCGAGCUGGAAUGCAUGACCAACAUCACCCUGGCAAAUGUCAUUCGACAGCUGGGCAGCCUGAGUAAAUUUGCAGAAGACAUAUUUGGAGAGUUGUUUACUCAAGCCAACACCUUUGCCUCCCGUGUGAGCGUUCUUGUCGAGAGAGUUGACCGCUUGCAAGUCAAAGUCACUCAGCUGGAUCCCAAAGAGGAGGAAGUCUCCCUGCAAGGCAUUAACACCAGGAAGGCCUUCAAAAGCUCCACUACUCAGGACCAGAAGCUCUUCGACAGAGAUUCUCUGCCAGUGCCUGUCCUUGAAACCUAUGGGACCUGCAAUACUCCUCCACCUCUCAACAUACUUUCCCCUUAUAGGGACGAUGGCAAGGAGGCACUUAAAUUCUACACGGAUCCUUCCUAUUUCUUUGACCUUUGGAAAGAGAAAAUGCUUCAGGACACCAAGGAUAUUAUGAAAGAGAAGCGGAAGCACAGGAAAGAGAAAAAGGAGAAUCCAAACCGAGGAAAUGUGAACCCACGGAAAAUCAAAACCCGGAAAGAAGAGUGGGAGAAACUGAAAAUGGGACAAGAAUUUGUUGAGAUAAAGGACAAACACGGUCCUGCUGGGUACCCCUCUAACAUGGUGUAUCAGAACGGCAGCAUUGGCUCCAAUGAAAGCAUGGACAUGAACUGCUACCCGCCGCCGCCGCAGACUGACUCUAUUGUGCCACCACCUCCUUCGUUCCCAGAUGACAGCCUGCCUCCACCCCCGGUGGAAUUUAGCUAUCCUGUAGACAACCAAAGAGGUUCUGGUUCUGGAGGGACCAAAAGAUCCAGCCUGGUUAGCCCGAGCCACCCGCCACCAGCUCCUCCCAUCGGAUCCCCCGCCGGGGCCAGGCCGGGCUUUGCUCCCCCUCCAGCACCGCCUCCACCACCACCGCUGAUGGGCAGCACCCCUCCUCCACCACCCCCCGUGGGCUUCCCAUCCCCAGGGACCCCACCACCGCCCUCUCCCCCCUCUUUCCCACCUCACCCCGAGUUUGCUGCCCCGCCACCACCGCCGCCCCCUCCAGCGGCCGAAUACAGCAGCGUGCAGCCCCCUCCUCUGCCCCAGCCGGGCGGUGGGAGCGCACCACCCCCCCCUCCCCCACCCCCACCUCCUGGCCCCCCACCUCUGUCUUCAAGUGUCCUCGAUGGGCCCCCAGCACCACCUCCACCUUCAGACACCUCCGCCUCCAAGCCCAAGUCAUCCCUGCCCGCGGUUAGCGAUGCCAGGAGCGAUUUGCUUUCAGCGAUUCGCCAAGGCUUCCAGCUCCGCAAGGUGGAAGAGCAGCGGGAGCAGGAGAAGCGGGACGUUGUGGGCAACGACGUGGCAACCAUCCUGUCGCGCCGCAUCGCGGUGGAGUACAGCGACUCUGAGGAUGACUCUUCAGAGUUCGACGAGGACGAGUGGUCGGAUUAACCACGGUCCCAUCCCCUCGGUUCCCUUCCCUCCCGGGUUAACGGCUUCUUAAAGAACCAGGUGGCCAAACCUGCCACCGUUUCCUUUUCAUCCUGUAACCAAAGAUGUGCCAAGGGUUUUCAGACAACCACCAGCAUAUCUCCCCUCUCCCUCCCCCCCCCCCAGGCUUUGGCAGGACUUUGUGCUCUGCCUUUCCGAAAGGUCUCCUCACAGGCGGUGAGGAUGGAGGCGUUGGGAUUUGGCUGGAGGGAGUGGAACGGUUGCUUAUUUAAGAGAACUAAACCUCCAGAUUCUCGAUGCCACCAGGCAGAGCACACAAAACCCCUCCGCCCUGAGGGACUUCUAAAGCAAAGAUGGAUGAUCCUGUUGUGGCCUUUCAGAUGAAGGACGUUUUCAGCUAGUUUCCUCAUUGCAACGGCAGGCAGUUGAUCUAGUGGCUCUUCCUUUCCAGUGAAUACUGGUAGCGCUGCAAGAAAACGGGCUUUAAAUGCCUGUUCUCUGCUGCAUCCCACUGUCACGUAAUCAGUUUUCGGCAAUGGUGCACAAUUCUUUCCCCUCUGACCCUCCUCAGUAUUUCCAGACUUACCCCCCCGCGGGGCGCACUCGUGGCUGCAGGGCUGCAGAGUGUAUCGGGUGCAAUGUGAGGAGGGCUGUGUUCUUUUUGAAAGCUGCCUUUGCCUUCCUCAGAAGCCUCCGGGACUGCUUUGCCACCAGGGAGCCUUGCACAAAGGGACGCAGAGCUGCAGCGGGACGGCUGCUUGGCUUCCUGCUGCAGGGAGAGCGGAGCUGUUGGCUCGGCUUCGUGCUGGGAGCGUGCUUAAAAAACAAAGCAAAAGCCACAAGUGCCUAGAGUAGAGCAGGGAGGGCUGCCUGUGCACCAGGCCCCUUCUGACCAGUGGGAAUAGCUGCUUCCCUCCUGCAGCCACCAGGCUUCUUGCAGAGGGCGCUGCUGCAGGAAUUGCUGGUGUUAGCGUUGCUUCCUCCUCCCUUCCACCUCAGGAUUAGGGGGGUUUGUGUGCCUCAAACCACCUCGUGUGUGUGAGCCGAGUUGCCCAUCGGUUACAUCAGACCUAACCCGUGUUGUUCCCCACGUUUUGUUAUUAGAGCUGAUUAGUUGAUUUUUAAGGACGUUUCUUCUCCCAGCUAACCCUACGGAUUCCUAGGCUGCUCACUACAGGCAGGGGGAGAAAAUGGAGAACUUGAACUAGCUGACCUAGGUGUUACUGCUGUUUUACACUGCACAGAAUAUAUGCAUAUCUUGGAAACCUAGAAGCGAAUAUCCCAGUGCCACAGAUGUGCUUUUUGUAUUUCACUUUGAGCACGGCUGUCUCAGAAAGCGAUUCCAAAGCCUUGUGGAGACCAUGGCUUGGCCUGCUGUGGGCUGGGACCGUUGAGACCAAAUCUCCACCCUCUUUGCCUUUCUAAUUGUAAGGUAUUCUGCCAGCCCGUGCCUGUUGUUCCCUCUCCAGCUUGCCUCGUUCCACGGUGUUGCUGAUAGCUGGGAUGCCAGGCCCAGCUGGAGGCUGCUGGGUUGCUGAAAACCCUUCUUGGGGCUUUGAUUGAUGAUUUCAGUUGGUGCCAUCGAGUUCUUACCGAUUUCUCGCGUGCGUUGGUGCAUUUUUAAUGUGUGCCAGAGCAGAUGAGGGCCCGGAGGAGGGGCUUUGCUGGGCCGUGGGUCGGGCUGAGAUGUGGCUCAGCCCUGAGCGCCAUCAGGAGAGAUUGAGCAGCCUCUCCACCAUUCCGUUUCUGUGUGCGAAUGGGCUGUGCGGAGCAGAGGGCACAGCGAGGCAUCCCAGCAGGCUGGGAACAUCUGAGCAGCGCUCAUUGCAGGUUCUGGAAGAGGGAAAGAAAGCCCUCGAGUGGCAGCGAGCCGUCGUGCAGCGGAGGGACUUGGAAAUGCAAAGUGAUCGGUGCUGCACGCUGGGCGAGGGGGGCUGGAGGAGAAUGGCUGCCUCUGUUUUUCUGCUCCUUCUGUAAGCAUCCUCCUCUGGCUUCUCUUGGAGACAGGUUCCUGGGGAAAACAGACCUUUGAGCUAAGCCAGGCUGACAGCAUUAUCACACAGGGAAGCGCGGAGCUCACAAAUGCCAAACCUGGGUUAAUUUUAAAUUGCCUUAAGUAGACUUGGCCCCCUGUUGGGAAAGGGGAGCGAGUCUUUCUGUCGUGUGAAAUCCAGAGAAGUGCCACACUCCUUGCAGCCCAGCGUGUGGGGCAGGGCUGUGCCUCGGGGCGCUGUGGUCGCUCCACGCCUAUGGCACGGGGAUGCUGCGUGGGUGAGCGGUGCAGCUGCAGGUGGAGCAGUGCUCCUAUUGCCUCGCCUGCUCCGGAGCCCUGCUGGCAGCAGGAGGGGUGCUGCUCUGGCUGUGCACGCCUGCUUUUAGCCACGGCUGCUUUCAGACCUGGGCUGAGAGGCAGAAGUGCGGGAUCCCAAGCGGAGGGGUUGCAGAUAGGACAAAGCUGAGCGUGGAGAUCCCCGUGUGAGGUGUCCAUCUGUGAGCGGUGCCGCGGAAUCGCGGGGCGCCGGGCCGCCGAGCGGGCCUCGUGUUUCUGAACCCAGCAGGGGGGGAGGAGAGGUGCCAGCGACAACCUUUGCAAAGCAGAGCAGCUGUGCGUGCUGCAGGGCCCGCGCUCUCCUCCUGCCAUCUUUGCCUCUCGCCGUGGCAGCGCAGAGCCUCGAGCGUUCUGCACGGCCGAAAGCAGAGCUGGCAGCCGCGGGCCUCCCCUCCGCCCGUCCCCAUGGACGUCUGCGUGGCGCUGGGGCGGCCGCUGCCCUCUCAGCCUCCCCAGCUCAGACGUUCUCCCGCUGCCUUUGCCCGCAGUGCUUGGCUGCUGCUGCUGCCGGCAGCCGCUCCCCCACCGCCCCCCCUCGGCGCACAGGGAUGGCUGUGUCCCCGCUCCCCGGGCUCAGCCCGGAGCCUCGUCUGCAGCCGGUGACCUUCACCGCUUUCUCCUCUCCUUAUCAGACCCGGAGCUCCAGGCCGGGUGGAGGGAAGGGGCUCUGUGAGGUCCCACGUGGUGUCAUUUCAGGGAAGGGAUAUUUCGGUCGCUGAGCUCACACGCAGCUCUUGGAGCCUCUCGCAGGGCAGGUGCUGCUGCCCCAUCCCGGCUCUCCGUGCCGCUGCGUUUCGGGGCUGCUUAUCCCCCUCCUUUUGUAUUCCUUUAAACAAAGCCUUGAAGUGGGGAAGCGGAUUCGCUGGGUUUUAUUACCGUAUUAACAUUCAUUUAAAUCCAUUUCAGAAACUAACCCCUUUCUCUUCCUGCUUAGAAUGUCUUAGGCGAGCUGUAACCCUUCCAAAGUGCCUUAUUUUUCCUAUAUGACAUAAAGAUAUUUAUAAGAACUGUGCUGUGUGUAUGGCCGGGGUGCACUGCGGAGCAGAGCGGCGUUGGACCGAUGCUCUCCGGGUGCCGGGGGGGGGGGGGGACGGACACAUUGGGUUACUCAGUUCAGACCAAAGGAGUUUCAGCACUGAAACUCUGCUUAAAGAACUAAAAAGAGAAGCAGUGGCUGAGGAGCGGAGCGCUGCCUCCAACUCGGGGUCGGUGGUUCCCCUCUCAGAGCAAAGGCUGAUGGCACAUCUGGCGGCCGCGCUGUGAGCCGGGCUUUCCUGCUGCCACUUUGGGCCCCUUGGAUGGAGAUCCCAAUUGCAGUUUGUAUUUUAUUUUUUUAUAAGGGACACGUGGAAAAACCAAACCAAACCAAAACAAAGCCAACAAACCACGACGGUCCUUAUUUUAAACCUCAGACUCCAUAAAGAAACCUUUCUAUCCA